AUGGACUCCUUAAUUGUUCCAUUCGAGGUGGUCAAUGUCCCCUUUUCCAAUUUUCAAGCCAACCUUCAAACCUACCUUCAAACCAACCUUCAAGCGAAACAGCUCGACAUCAAGUCAUUUUCCGCCAGCGCGACUAUAUUCUGUUGUGACCCAUGUGACACCUCCAACCUCUAUGUUCUCCUAUGCCAGCGCGCAUAUCGGGACGAUGCAUUGGGAAAGGACAACUCGUGGGGUGGAACUUGGGAGACACCUGGAGGAAGUCGCGAACUUGGCGAGGAGUUACCAGAUACUGCGUUUCGCGAGACUGAAGAGGAGACCGGACUACAUGUGUCACAUGUCUCUAGCCAUGUGUAUUUGACCCUCUUCAACCACAAAAACGUUCCAAUGGCCAGAUGCACCUUCCACACGGACGUCCAUGAAGAGUUACGACCCCAGCGAAGAUGGUGCGAUGAACAGCAGCGUGCGAUCGGCCCGAAAGACAGCGGUAUCAAGCUAAUUCCGGGCGAACAUAUGGAUUUCUGCUGGGCUACAGAGGCACAAAUCCGGAAUUCUCUUCCAUACAAUGCAGCAAAUACUCAAAGCGGCCUUGUUAUCCUUGAAAACAAGAGGGAUGUUAUCCUUGCCAUUUUUGGGCGACUGAGAAGGUCCCAAAUUGAUAUGGUUAAACUUCCUGUCAAUAACCGGAGAUAG